AUGUUCGUAUUGUCGUUAGUAACAGUGACUAAGGGUGGAGAAAUGAUUAUAGCAAUAUUGGACGACAUAGGAUCCGCCAUGGGAAUACUCAUGAUUACAACUUUUGAAGCUAUAUUGGUAUUUGGUAUUUAUGGCGUAAGCGAAUUUUGCGUCGAUCUGGCGUUCAUGUCGAACAAACCACCUUCUACCAUACUGAAGUUACUGUUCAUCGGAAGCUCAAUUUUUAUUAUCGUAAGACGAAUUUUAAGGCGAUUUUAA